AUGGUUCGGAUUGGGAACACAGAAAUACCGGUUAAUAAAAAUGUCGCAGUUGCUCUUACUCGCAUUUAUGGGAUUGGAAAAGCACGAGCUCAAGUAAUAAUUAAUAACAUUAAUAUUCAGGGCCAAAAAAAAGUUCGUGAUUUGGUUGAAGAAGAAGUUAAAUUGAUUAGCAAAGAAAUUAGCAAGUUUUUGGUAGAAGGGCAGUUGAAAGAAAAGAUAAAGAAAGAUAUUAGCAAACAAGCACGAAUUGGAACUUAUCGUGGGCUGAGACUUUCCCGUGAUCCUUGUCCUUUACCGCUUAAACAAAGCACUAGACACAAUGGCCGAACUGCUCGUUUGCACGGAAGAAGACGGCAGACCAAAGGAAUAGCGAAAACUAAAAAAAUCAAAAAAGUUUCCGAAGGUCGAGGAAUAAUUCACGGCACAUUUAGUUUUAAUAACACUAUCCUCGAUUUAAGUAAGGAAAAUGGUGAUGUUUUAACUACGGUUAGUGCCGGAAGUGUAGACUUGGGUAAUAACAAAAAAGUUACUGGUACCAAGAAAGGCACUCCGUUUAUGGCCGAAAAAGUUGCCAAAGAAAUAAUUAGGAGAGCAGUUGAAUUUGGAGUUUACAAUGUCGAAUUACAUGUUAAGAAAGUUGGUGCUGGUCGAGAUACUGUAAUAAAAACAAUCCAGGAAGCAAAAUCUUUAAAUCUUGAAGCCUUAGUUGAUACUACUCCUAUUCCUCUCGGUGGUGAAAUUGAAGAAACAACUGUCAAAGAUCACCCCAAUACUGCAUCUUUUGUCUUUCGGCAUUUACCAACUACCAUGGGGGUAACAAUUGGUAAUUAUUUAAGGAGAAUUUUAAUAUCUUGCGUUAGCGGUCUAGCUCCGGUGGGAGUGAUCAUUUCCGAUAAAAAUGGUUCGGUGACAAGUAAAUAUACUACUUUAGAAGGAGUGGUGGAAACAACUGUCUACUUGAUUUCGAAUUUAAAACAGAUUAUUUUAGAGGAAAAAAAGUUAAAAGAAGAGAUAAUUUGUUUGGAAAUUAAGGUCGAAAAUAAAACCAAAGAAGAAAGGAUAGUUACGGCGGGUGAUUUUCUAAAAAGUAAAGAAGUGCAAAUCAAAAAUCCUGAACUUUACUUGGCUACUGUUGCUCCUGGAGGAGAGCAUUUUGAAGAGGAAGAAAAUGUGAUUUCUUUAGAUGCUGAUUAUUCUCCAGUUAAGAGUGGUUAUGAAGGUGAUCAGGUAAACUUUGAAGUUAACACCGCAGUAGUUAGUUUAACCAAAGAAGAGGAGGAAUUAACACUUACAGUUUCUACUAAUGGGGCGGUUAAGCCGAAAAAUGCCUUGUUAGAGGUUUUGCAAAUGUCGCAGAAUUUGUAUGGCAAAAUUAUUGAUUCACUUAAUAGUAAAGAUAUAGCGUGGCGGAAGCAUGCACUUAACAAUUUAGUAACUGAUGCCCUUUUGUAUGGCAAAGUUGAGACAAGUCAAUCCAUGGCGAAGUGUUUAACUAGAUUGUUCGCUAAACUUGUGGUAAAUAAGAAACAUUUAGGAAUAGUAGAUAAGUUAUUUACCGAGCAGUAUUUGUUGCUUAUAAAUGUCGAAAGAAUGUCGAAAAAAGUAGUUAGCAAUUUUCCGCAAAAGGUUUAUAAUUUAUGUUUACAAAUACCAAAAGGUUAUGUGUCUACCUAUAAAUUUAUUGCAGAAUUUUUAAAUUCUUCACCCCGGGCGGUUGGACAAGCUCUUAAAAAUAAUCCUAGUUCACCAAUAAUUCCUUGUCAUCGGAUUAUUGCUUCUAAUUAUUUUAUUGGCGGUUUUUGGGGUGAAUGA